AUGUUUCCAUUCCAACAAAGUAGUGAUGAACUUUGGUCCCAAAUCUCCUCUAAUCCCUACCAAGAAGAUAUUGAUCAAGAUCAGGAUCUGAUAUUGGACCAAGAUUCGCUUCAUGGAACUAGUAACCUAACUACCUCAUCAGUGGAAGUCCAGCAGACACAUGAAAUAUUAGCAGCUACAAAUGCUAAUAAUCGUAGUGGAAAUAUUGUUUGUGAUGAGAAGAAGGUUACUCGAAAGGAAAUCGAACGGCAAAGGAGGCAACAAAUUUCCACUCUUCAUGCCUCACUUCGAAACCUCCUCCCACUUGAAUCAAUUCAGGGAAAGCGCUCAAUGUCUGAUCACAUGAAUGAGGCUGUGAAAUAUAUCGAGCAUCUAAAGGGAAACAUCCAAGGAUUGAGUGUCAAGAGAGAUAAGCUCAAGAACUUGUCUAACUCUAGUGCUUUUGAACAAGGGACUGAAAUUGCAGACCAUAAUUUGCUGGACAGUGUUACGGUCCGCCAGUAUUUGGGUGUAGUGGAGAUUGUCGUAAGUAGAGGCUCUGGAGAGGAAGGGAUUCUUCUAUCAAGAGUGCUAGAAGCAGUACUUGAAGAGGGAUUUGAUGUUGCUAGCAAUCUGAACUGCAUUGAUGCAGAUGGGCUCCAAAGAAAACUAAAUGAUGUGAUUUCAGUGUCAUGA